CAAUUCUUAUGAAAAAUCUAUAUAUAAUUAAUCUAUACAUAUAUAAUUAAUCUAUAUAUAAUUAAGUAAAUUAAAAUUUUAUGAAAUAAUAUUGAGAAAUUAAGGUUCUGUUUAUAUUGACUAAGUGUAAUUCUUUGAUUUUAGAUAAUUUAUGUCUUAAAUUUUUGUAAAUGAAAAUCGAAAUUUCUGUUGAAAAAUAUUGUAAAUAUUAACGCAAAAACUUUCUGAAAUAUUUUAUAAUAUAAUUAGUAGUAUAAUUUAGCUGAAUAUUUUAUAAUAUAAUUAGUAGUAUAAUUUAGCUGAAUAUUUUAUAAUAUAAUUAGUAGUAUAAUUUAGCUGAAAAUAAUUUUUACAAUAAAAUGAAUAGCGUUACGUUAUUUUUUGAAACCAUAAUUAAUAAUUAAUAACGCUAUAAUGCUUGAGGCAUCUUUAUAAUAACUUCUGGGAAGAAUUAAAGUGAGUAACUGGAGAAAGAAUACUAUUUUUUUAUUUAACGGAUUUUCAUACAAGGGGAGGAGGGUAUAGUGAAACACAGUUCAGAAUCGAACUCUUACAUUGUUCUGUGAAUACAUUUCAAUUUUCUAUAUAUAGAUAAUAUAUUAUUAUUCUAACUAUAUGUAUGUGCUAUAAUGUCAUCCCAUACCUCAUGUGUGUGUGUGUGUGUGUGUGUGUGUGUGUGUGUGUGUGUGUGUGUGUGUGUGUGUGUGUGUGUGUGUGUGUGCACAUAUAUAUACAUACAUACAUAUAUACAAAUGUAUAUAUACACUGAUGCAUGGGAUGAUCUGUGGCAAUAACACAAUAUAUUGCAUUUAAAUCUCUUAUGAUAAGUAUAAAAUAAGUGAGUAUGCCGAUUUUUAAAUCAUUUUUACCAGACAUUCUAUGUGAUAAGUUUAUAAAUUUUAAUUUAUUGUGUUAGUUGUGGCAAUGUUAUACAUAUCAUUGUUUUUAGCAUUUAGAUCAAAUGAAUUAUUUAACGAAAUAUCAUCAUCUGAUUUCACCGAAUGACACUUUAAACCAAAGAUUUAAUUACAUUACAUUGAGUUUGUUUUAUGAAGACGACUGAAUACAUUUUUACGAUACACAUAUUGUGCAAACGACUCACAUUAAACGAAUACGAAAUAUUAAAUUGGAUCCUAUUUACACUCAGAUAAGAAACAAAAAAGAAAAUAAACCCAACUGAGAGACAUGUUUGAAAUAUUCGACAUCUAUGUCGAAUGACAUUUCGAAAAACACACUGUCAGAAGGACACAUAUUGUAUGUCAGACCAAUGAGGAAGAAACGAUUUUCACAUUCCUGUGAUGUGUCCCACGCGAAGAACGCGGGCGCAAGAACAUAUUCAAUGUCCUUCAAGGAAGACUGUCUUUCCGCAUGGCUCAGCGUUUCUUCGACAUGUGCUUUAAAGAUAUCGGAUGCAAAUAGCACCCAAGCUUCUCGCUAGUAAAACCGGUACGAUGGAGCCAGUACGAUCGCACGUCGUACGCUCCCUCGCUCUCAGUAUGUACUAGCCGGGCGAUCGAACGAGAUGAUUCGAUCGAAACGAUCAUCGACGCUUGCCGAGUUUCAUCUCGUGCAGUCUUAGUUCAACGUGCAAGGUAAUUAAAAUCUAAUGCGGCAACAGGCGGAGAUAGUACAUCGUUUCAGCGUCAAAUCUGUGGUCUCAUCAACGAAAUAAAUGGAAGAGGCCGGAGAAAGAGCGCCGAAACUCGCGCCAACUUCAUCACUGCGCCAAACUGCGACCUCCUUGCUCCUAGCUCGAUGGAUAUCUGCCAAACGCUCCAGGCAAAAUGAGAGUCAAGUUGAGGAGGAUUACAUCCCGUACGAGUGCGCGCCUCCCAACAACGUACCUUCCAUAGAGGAUUAUUCCAUAUGUAUUAGUGAGCGUGGUUUUUCCACGGAGAUCGAUCGCUCGUCCCUACGCAUCAACGAAGAUUUUAUCAGAAAUGUCCUCGUGGAACACACACGGCGAGCAGGCUGCAGAUCUCAACUCUGGGAAGAUCUGGAGGAGCUGUGUAAAACGGACGAGACCAGCACGGAAACGUUCCUCGCGGCCUGCAAGCCUAACGAAAUCAACGUCUUGUUGCUGCACGCGAGUUUCGUUGAUCGUGCGGACCUCAUCCGCUGUUUGUGCGAACACGAAGCUAACGUCGACUACGCUGAAUCUGACCAGGGUCUCACCGCGCUGCACUUGUGCGCGUUUCGUAACUGCCUGGACGGUGUCCAAUGUUUGAUAGCGCGAGGCGCAAAUAUCAAUUUUAACCAGAAGCAUACGCCGUUCCACUACGCCGCUUUCGGUGACUCUUACGAUGUCGCUCAUUACUUCAUGCAACGAAAUAUUGAUCAAGAGUCCUCACAAGAUGAAGAGACAGUGUUACACGUGGCAGCGCGUACGAACGCUCUACGCGUACUUUCGCUGUUAGCACCGAAUAACAAGGAGCUAGAACGAUUAGAUUCUGAUGGAUUCGCUGCUAUACAUCACGCGGCCGACGGCGGACACUCAGAUUGCUUGCACGUGCUUCUAAAGGCAGGCUGUCCAGUGGACCUGCCCACGAGAAAGAACGACACCGCCUUGCAUUUAGCUGCGGAAGCCGGUUGCGUGGACAACGUCGUUGUUUUGGUUGAGGCGAAGGCGAAUCUUCAGCUGAAGAAUCACCGAGGACACACCGCCUUGCACCUGGCCGCUCGUUCUCACAGCCUAGAAUGCGUGGAGGUCUUGCUGAAAGGUGGCGCCGACCCAAACGCGGAGGACGACGAAGGUCGAUCAUCCUUGCACUUGGCUCUAAGCCGGUCUCUCGUGACCGACGAUAUCAUCGAGCUUCUACUGACUUGGAGAGCGAACGUGAACAAAGCUGACAAAUAUGGAUACACACCUCUCCAUAUCGCAGCUGCGAACGAGCUGUCGCGAUGUGUCAAUCUGUUAAUCAGACACGAAGCCGACCUCAGUGCCAAGACAAGCGGAGGUACCAGCGCUUUAUCUAUCGUCCUCCGCAAAACUCCUACCUGUUUAGACGUGUUCGAGCGAAGGUUGGACACAUCCGUAACUCUACACCGGCAAGGAUUCGUCGCAGGCGAACUGGAGCUGCGACUAGACUUCCGUCCGUUACUGCAGCAUAAACGUCACGGUGAGAUCGGUUGCUUAGACACUUUUGUGAAGGAAGGCUAUAAGGAGAUCUUGGAGCAUCCUCUAUGCCAGUCUUUCCUCCACCUCAAGUGGCAGAAGAUCAGAAAGUACUACGCCGCUAGAUUGCUCUUCUAUCUAGUGUACGUGUUAAUCCUGACGAGCUGGGUGAUGACCGGCCUGGCUUACAAUUGUUACAACGAAUCGCAUGAGCACGCGCGCGACCCGCCGGUCUGUGCGAAAGCGACCGGAGCCUACGGCUUUCUCUACAGACACCCCGCGGCACUGGAGAUUCAGUGGUACACGCUGGUAAUGCUCGCCCUGUUAGAGGCCUUUCGCAAGUUCACCGUGUUGCCCAGUUACGUGUCCGUCAAACAGUUCUUCACACAAGCGGAGAACCUGGCGGAUUGGUGUGUAAUACUGAGCGUGUUCGCGACUUCGUUCAUAUACACCGGCAGAACAUACGCUUGGCAAAGCUUCCUCGGCGCCUUCGCCGUCCUUUGUGGUUGGAGCAACUUGAUGCUGAUGAUAGGCCAAUUACCAAUGUUCGGCGCUUACGUCGCGAUGUUCACCAGCGUAAUGGCUCAGGUCUUCAAGCUGCUUCUAGCGUAUGCUUGUUUGCUGGUAGGCUUUACAGCAAGCUUUUGCGUUAUCUUUCCGCAUUCCAAGUCAUUUGGCAGCCUGCAUACGGCUUUAAUUAAGGUCCUCGCAAUGAUGACCGGUGAAUUGGGCUUCGAGGAUCUCUUCUUCCCGUCUAACGAAACGAUCGCUCAAACCGCAUUGUCGGACGUGAAAGGGACCUCUUGGGUUUUGCUGCAAAUUACAGCCCAGAUCUCUUUUGUACUGUUUCUCUUAUUCGUGACGAUCGUACUGAUGAAUCUGCUGAUCGGUAUUGCUGUGCACGAUAUCAAAGGUCUGCAGAAGACAGCGGGCCUCGCGAAGCUCGUUCGUCAAACUAAGCUAAUCUACGAUGUAGAAGUGGCACUCUUUUUCGCGCUUUUGCCAAAACGCCUGAUAAAGCGUCUGCGAUGGUCCGCGUUGGUUCUGCCAUCACCAUUACGUGCCGUUCUAACCGUCCGCCCACUAAAUCCUAGAGAGACAAGAUUACCACGCGAUGUUCUCUCAGCCGCCUAUAAAAUAGCCAAGGAAGGAGACGGGCAUAGUAAUUUCGCCUCAUCACGCAAGAAAACCUACGGUCCAGGUCAUUACGCGAAAGCGUAUAUGAAAGGUGACGUCUCCACCGUGAGCCGUCGACGUGGCUUCGACGAAGAUACGUUGACACAGGAUUGCAACAAACUUAAGGACGACAUCGCGGAGCUCAGAAAAAUUUGCGAGAAAAAUCAGGCUCUCCUUCGAGAGCUUGCAAAGAUACACGAUGCGAACAAAUAUCUAGAAGAUCUAUUUUUCUCAGUCACACCUUCGAGCCUCCUGCAAGCUAAACAUCCAUCAUCGCGACAUAUCUCGAGAGGCGAUAGUAUUGUACGAAAAAACACAAACGCAACGGAGACAAAGUCGGCAAUGAAGAUGAGAGAAGACACUCCGGGACGUGACGUGGUAGCUGAAGAAAAGAACGACAAGGAGAACAUGAACACGCGGAGAAAGAUAGCAACGGUCGAGUUUGUUUUAGUUAUCGCAAAUGACUCGAACGAGAUACAAAAUCGUAGAAUCUUGAAUUUGGGUAAUUCGAAGAAGUUACUGAAUUACAGGCAAACCGAUAAAAUAAAAUUGACAUGUAAAGUUUGCCAAGUUUGUCUCUCCGCGAAUAUGGACGAUCAAAAUGCACGAAACGCCAGCGCAAAGGUGGACAACCUCGAAAUGGACUUCUUGAAGAUACCGAUCAUCAACGAGAACAGGCAGCACGUAUAUUCUACUAGAAGCUUAAACGGACGUCACAAGGACGAGAUUCUCGCUGUGAGAUUAGCUUCCACCUAUAGGUCCUUGAGGUAUACGUAUGACACGGAAGAUAAUCCGCGGAGGAUCGCAAACGACGACAGAGCUGUGCCAGAGCCCGAGGCCAAUCAAAUCGAGAUCGACGCCGGCGAUCCACCGCCAGCCGACGAGUCUCUCUUCUUCGACAACCUGGAGUACGGUAAACAUCCCUAUGUGAACGGCGCUAAGCUCAAAUCGAUUAUAUGGUCCAUCGUCAGUCCGGCGGAGACGAGGCUGCUGCUGCACAUGGAGAAGUGCGAUACGCUGCCGGAUGCAUGCAAGAACGAGAAACUGCGGAACGUCGCUUACAUCUGGGCGUCUUAUCGCGGUCUACUGCACCUUCUGCCGCAGCUGGAGAAAGCUGGUGCGCAAUACGACUACAUAGAGUCGCGUUCCGGCGUGAACGCUCUCCUGGCGGCUUCAUUGAACGAUAAAGUAGCAUGUGUGGAGUAUCUCAUCGGGAAAGGUGCCGACGUGAACUAUGAGAACUCGAUCAGCCACUACACGACGCUUCACGUCGCGGCUCUUGGAAAUAGCUGGCACGCCGCUGCUACCUUACUGGACUACGGCGCAAAACUGAAUCACUCCUGUCAGGAAAUAGUCGAACCCGUCCUGCACAGUGCUGUCAGGACGAAGGCCGUGGAAACGGUGAAAUUAUUGCUUGAGCGCGGCGCCAGCGUGGUCGAGAAAAAUCAUUUGGGCCAAACGCCGUUGCACGUAGCCUGUUCCGUACAGUCAAUACCCUGCGUCGAACUGCUAUCGGCCGCUGCGGCCAUUGCCAAUAUCAACGCCGUGGACAGAGAACACCGGACACCCCUGCACUUCGCCGUGAUGAGCACCGACUCGUCCGUCGAACUGGUGCAGCUGUUGCUAAAACGCGGUGCUCUGGUGAACGCCGCUGACAAGGCCGGCUUUACGCCACUUCACAUCGCUGCCUUGAACGAGCAGUCGCGGUGUGUCGACGCGCUAAUCUGGGCCGGCGCCGAUAUCAGCGCGACCACGUUCACCGGGCUGUCCGCAUUGAACAUCAUCUUGAAAAAGAUUCCAGAAUCCUUACAUGUGUUCCGGCAACGACUGGACGCUUCCAUCAGGCUGACCCGGCCGAUGUCGCACAAUCGAGAGUUCGAAAUGAAGUUGCACUUCGACAUUCUCUUCCCCAGUAACAAUCAUUGCGAGACCAGUUUCAUAAACACCUUCGUGCAGGAACAUCGGAAGGAUCUGCUGUCGCAUCCGCUGGUUAUGGCUUUUCUGCACCUGAAAUGGGAGAAGAUUCGUAAGCUCUAUCUGUUGAGAAUAUUCUUGUACGCAAUGACGAUAAUAUGCAUGACCACUUACGUGUUAACCGCAUUGGCCUACAAGUGUUACAAUCACGAGACUAGCAACUCCAAAUUUUGCAGUAGCAAAAAGGCCUCCUUCCUCUUCAAACGAUCUGUUAUAGAAAUGGAGUGGUAUCUUGCAUUGGCGUUAACAUGUAUCACCAUACCGCGGAAGAUAAUCGGUUUCAUGGUCUAUAAAUCGGCGGUUCAAUACUUCUCCAACAUCGACAACGUACUGGACGGUAUAGUGAUAGUCAGCAUAUUUGUCACGUCCUUCAUUUAUACCGGGCGCACCUACGACUGGCAAAACUAUGUGGGCGCGUUCGCCAUACUCUGCGCAUGGACCAACCUGAUGCUAAUGGUGGGCCAACUACCUGCUUUCGGCACCUACGUCGCCAUGUUCACUCAUAUCCAAUUUGAAUUCGCUAAACUUCUACUAGCAUACUCAGGAUUGCUGAUCGGCUUCACUAUUAGCUUCUGCGUGAUAUUCUCGGGUGAGCCCGCGUUCGGCAAUCCUUUCACCGGUCUAAUCAAGGUCCUGGCGAUGAUGGCCGGCGAGCUGGACUUUGAGGGGCUCAUCAGUCAGUCGGACAAGCCAGCGAGCGGUUCUUUUGUCAUUUAUCAUCCUCUGUCGGUGUGCUCGCAAAUUCUCUUCACGCUAUUCAUAGUGUUCGUCACCGUUAUUUUGAUGAACCUGUUGGUCGGUAUCGCCGUGCAUGAUAUACAGGGUCUGAGGAACCAUGCUGGACUCACAAAGUUAGUAAGACAGACAAAACUGAUACUCUUCACAGAGAUGAUUCUACACAACGCGACGAUCCCGUACGCUUUCCGCAAAUGGAUGUCGGAUCAUAAGAUUGACGUUGAAAACCGGAAACGAGUGCUCAUAGUGAAGCCGCUUAAUCCUCUGGAGAAACGAUUGCCUAAAGAUAUAUUGAAAGCCGCUUAUGAAAUAGCACAGAAGAAUAUCCCCUUCAUGAACGACGAUGUCAGCUUGAGCGAUCAUGUCGCUUGGAUAAAACGGCAAAACGAGGAGUUGUCCGACACUGCUGUGCACACGGCGAUUGAGAAACUGAUCACUACGGUGAAAGUGAACGAAGAUGCUGUGAAAUUGUUGAAAGUAGAAUUAAUAGAAAUGAACAAAAUGUUGAAAACUCUUUUAACGACGUUAACAAGAGGAGAGUGUACCUCAUCAUGAACUAAAUGAUCUGCCAUGAACAAGACGAUUUGUCGGUUAUAUUUCCGUUAUUAUUCACAGACAUGAUCGAUAAAGUGGACAUCGAAGCUACGCUUACUGGUGGAGGGCCUACUGGUCAAUCGGGUGCUAUGCGUUGGGGUAUUGCCUGGGGCUUGCGUAGCUUUGUUGAUAAACCAAUGAUCG